GGGCCGCCGGCACCGGCACCGGCGGGAGCCGCAAGGACGGGGUGAGUGCGGCCGCCGCCCGGCCCCGCAGCGGCACCGGCACAGGCACAGCGCGGGAGCCGCCCUCGCCCGGGGCCGCCGCGGGCGCGGAGCCGCAGUGCGCGCUCGGCCAGAUCUCUGAACAACAACUUUUUUACGUGAAUUACCAAAAGUGGAGAAGAGAUGGCCAGUUCAGCCCGAGAACACCUGCUUUUCGUGCGACGUCGCAACCCACAGCUCCGGUACACUCUGAGCCCGGAGAACCUGCAGAGCUUGGCCUCUCAGGGCACCAUGGCUGAGAACAUGAACUUGCAGCGUGCCAACAGUGACACUGAUUUAGUGACCUCGGAUAGCAGGUCUAGUUUGACAGCCAGUAUGUACGAAUACACCCUGGGACAAUCUCAGAACCUCAUCAUUUUCUGGGAUAUUAAGGAAGAAGUAGACCCAACUGACUGGAUAGGACUUUAUCACAUAGAUGAGAACUCUCCAGCCAAUUUCUGGGAUUCCAAGAAUCGGGGAGUGACUGGCACGCAGAAAGGACAAAUCGUAUGGCGAAUUGAACCUGGCCCCUACUUCAUGGAAUCCGAAAUAAAGAUCUGUUUUAAAUACUACCAUGGUGUUAGUGGAGCCCUCCGAGCUACUACUCCAUGUAUCACUGUGAAAAACCCUGCUGUGAUGAUGGGAGUAGAAGGCACGGAUGAAGGUGCUUCUGGAGCCCAGCACUCUAGGAAGUUAGUCAGCUUUACCCUAUCAGAUAUUAGAGCAGCUGGACUUAAAAAAGGCAUGUUCUUCAACCCUGAUCCUUAUCUAAAGAUGUCCAUUCAGCCAGGCAAGAAAAGUACAUUUCCUACUUUUGCUCAUCAUGGCCAGGAGAGAAGGUCGACUAUCAUCAGUAACACGACUAAUCCUGUUUGGCACAGAGAGAAAUAUUCUUUUGUUGCACUUCUAACGGAUGUCCUGGAAAUUGAGGUUAAAGACAAAUUUGCCAAGAGUCGUCCGAUCAUCAAGCGCUUCCUUGGGAAGUUAACCAUACCAGUGCAGAGACUAUUGGAGAGACAUGCAAUAGGAGACCAGGUUCUCAGCUAUAAUCUUGGCAGAAGGCUCCCUGCUGAUCAUGUUAGUGGGUAUCUCCAAUUCAAAGUGGAAAUCACAUCAUCUGUUCACGAAGAUGCUUCACCAGAAACAGUUGGCACUUUGCUAGGAACAAACUCUGUAAAUGGAGACUUGGGGAGCCCCUCUGAUGAUGAGGACAUGCCAGCAGGACACGAUACAUCCACAGUAUGUUCCAAUGGUCCAGUCUUUGACGAAUCUUCUGGAGAUGCCAUCCUGAGGCACUCUUUAAGGACUAGUAGGACUCUGGAAACCGACCAGGACGAGCUGACCUCUGGUGCUUCCAGAUCAUCACCUACCAGAGGUCGCCAGGACUCACUAAAUGAUUAUCUGGAUGCAAUAGAACACAAUAACCAUCCCAGAUCAGGGACAUCUGCCUGUGGCGAGCGACCACGUGGAGCCUCCCCAAAACUGAGGAGUAGUUUCCCUACUGACACAAGACUUAAUGCUAUGCUUCACAUCGACUCAGAUGAAGAGGAGCAUGAGCUACAUCAAGACCUGGGUUUUCCGUCUUCCUUGGAAGACGAUGGUGGUUUGGUAAUGCUUAAUGGUGCUACAAGAAAUGUUGAAAGAAAUGGUGUAAGUUCCUCAUCAGAUCAGGUAGUGCAGGGGUCUGCAGAGAAUGAAAGCGUUUCAGCCUCUGAUGCUCCCUUGCCAUCAGCUGAUGACCAGCAAGAGACUCUCCCAGAGCUUCCGCCAUCACAGUCGGCAGGACCUGAAAGCCUUCCAGAUUCCCAAACCGAAGCAGCAGCAGACCAGGCUGGCAGUGAGUUGUGUGGCGCUCAGGAGGCAGAGCAGCCCCCCAGCACUGCGGACAUGGGAACUGCCGAUGCCGCCAGUGGGAGCAGGAGGGGUGUUAGUGAAACAGAGUCCACCGAUCAAGGGUCUGAACCUUCCCAGCUGUCAUCAGAAACCGAGCAGAGCGAUCCUGCUCGCACGGAAAGCGUCAGCGAGGCCAGUACCCGUCCGGAAGGGGAGAGUGACGUGGAAGGGGCAGACAGCUCUUGCAACGAGAGCGCGACCGUGCGGCGUUCCUCGGUUGAAAUGCGGUGUUCUUCCUGUGAGAGUGCCAGGUUUCCCGAGACUCCAGCCUUUUCUUCUCAGGAGGAGGAAGAGGGAGCUUGUGCCACUGAUGCAGCUAGAGCUGAGGCAGGUGCUGAAACACAGGACUCUGCGAGUACUUCUGGUUCUCUGCCUGCGGUGCAGUUACCUCAGGAGGAAGUACAGGAGGCUGAGGCAGGUGAACUGCAAGACCAAGAGGAAGCAGAAGAAAUCUGGCAAAGAAGAAGAAGCCUGCAGGCAGCAGCUGCCCACAGCCAGUCUCAGGAUGAAGAAGUUGAAGGAGCCACAGCAGCUUGUGAGGGUGCCACGGCACAGCUUGAAGGAGCUACUGGAGGUUCUCCCGCCAAUGGCCAUCAGCCCUUGAGGUCUCUGCCCUCGGUACGCCAGGAUGUAAGCCGCUACCAGAGAGUGGAUGAGGCUCUACCACCAAACUGGGAGGCUCGAAUUGACAGCCACGGACGGAUUUUUUACGUGGACCACGUGAACAGGACAACAACCUGGCAGCGACCCACAGCCCCCCCAGCCCCACAGAUUCUCCAGAGGUCAAAUUCCAUACAGCAGAUGGAACAACUGAAUCGCCGGUACCAGAGCAUCCGAAGAACAAUGACUAAUGAAAGGCCUGAAGAGCAUACAAAUGCUGUGGAUGGAGCUACAGAGGAAGCUGACUUUCACCAUUCUAAUGCAGAUUUUCGAAGAGAGAAUGUGCUGCCUCACUCUACCUCCAGAUCCAGACUUACUUUAUUGCUCCAGUCUCCCCCUGUGAAAUUCCUUAUCAGCCCAGAGUUCUUUACAGUACUGCAUUCUAACCCUAGUGCCUACCGCAUGUUUACAAACAACACGUGUCUGAAGCACAUGAUCACCAAAGUCCGGCGGGACACCCACCAUUUCGAGCGCUACCAGCACAAUCGUGACUUGGUGGGCUUCCUCAACAUGUUUGCCAACAAACAGCUGGAGCUGCCCAGAGGUUGGGAAAUGAAACAUGACCACCAGGGCAAGGCUUUCUUUGUUGACCACAAUUCCCGCACCACGACGUUCAUCGACCCCCGGCUCCCCUUGCAGAGUAGCAGGCCCACUAGUGCGUUAGUCCAUCGGCAGCACUUAACCAGACAGCGCAGCCACAGUGCUGGUGAGGUUGGAGAGGACUCCCGUCAUUCGGGACCACCAGUUUUGCCAAGACCAUCGAGCACGUUCAAUACAGUCAGCAGAGCUCAGUACCAGGAUGUGGUUCCAGUGGCUUACAAUGACAAGAUUGUUGCGUUUCUGCGGCAGCCCAAUAUCUUUGAAAUUCUACAAGAGCGUCAACCAGAUCUUACCAGGAAUCAUUCACUCAGGGAGAAGAUCCAGUUCAUCCGGACAGAGGGAACACCUGGGUUGGUGCGUUUAUCCAGCGAUGCAGACCUUGUCAUGUUACUCAGCUUGUUUGAGGAGGAGAUAAUGUCAUAUGUGCCGCCACAUGCCUUACUUCAUCCUAGUUAUUGCCAGUCCCCGAGAGGCUCGCCGGUGUCUUCGCCUCAGAACUCUCCAGGUACCCAGCGUGCCAAUGCCCGGGCUCCGGCUCCGUACAAAAGAGAUUUUGAAGCCAAGCUGAGGAACUUUUACAGGAAGCUGGAGACUAAAGGAUAUGGACAAGGUCCAGGGAAAUUGAAAUUAAUCAUCCGGAGAGAUCACUUGCUAGAAGAUGCCUUUAACCAGAUCAUGGGCUACUCAAGAAAAGACCUGCAGAGAAAUAAACUCUAUGUCACGUUUGUUGGGGAAGAAGGGUUGGACUACAGUGGACCAUCAAGAGAGUUUUUUUUCCUGGUGUCCAGAGAGCUCUUCAAUCCAUAUUAUGGUUUGUUUGAAUAUUCAGCCAACGAUACCUACACAGUACAAAUAAGUCCCAUGUCUGCUUUUGUAGACAAUCACCACGAAUGGUUCAGGUUUAGUGGUCGAAUUCUUGGUCUUGCUCUGAUACAUCAAUAUUUGCUGGAUGCCUUUUUUACCAGACCCUUUUAUAAAGCUCUCCUCCGAAUACUCUGUGACCUGAGUGACCUGGAAUAUCUCGACGAGGAGUUUCACCAGAGUUUGCAGUGGAUGAAAGACAAUGAUAUACACGAUAUCCUAGAUCUCACAUUUACUGUAAAUGAAGAAGUUUUUGGACAGAUCACAGAACGGGAACUAAAACCAGGAGGUGCCAACAUCCCGGUCACUGAAAAGAACAAGAAGGAAUACAUAGAAAGAAUGGUGAAAUGGAGAAUUGAGAGAGGAGUUGUACAACAAACAGAGAGUCUAGUUCGUGGUUUCUAUGAGGUGGUUGAUGCAAGGCUGGUGUCUGUGUUUGAUGCCAGAGAACUGGAACUGGUUAUAGCUGGAACAGCAGAAAUUGACUUGAGUGAUUGGAGAAAUAAUACAGAGUAUAGAGGAGGUUAUCAUGACAAUCACAUUGUAAUUCGGUGGUUCUGGGCUGCUGUGGAAAGGUUCAACAAUGAACAACGACUAAGACUUUUACAGUUUGUGACAGGCACGUCCAGCAUUCCUUACGAGGGAUUUGCCUCUCUGCGGGGGAGCAAUGGUCCAAGACGGUUCUGCGUGGAGAAGUGGGGGAAGAUCACUGCUCUUCCAAGGGCUCACACUUGUUUCAAUCGUCUGGACCUUCCCCCUUACCCAUCAUUCUCUAUGUUAUAUGAAAAACUGUUGACAGCAGUUGAAGAGACAAGUACUUUUGGACUUGAGUGAUACACAAACCACAGUGCCCAGCUCAUUGGACUUUUGUGGAUCUGUCUUCUCAAGGAAUGAAUGAACUUUUGUAUCGGAUUUCCUAGAGGAAAAUUGUUUCAUGGUGCAAUUCAAAUAAUGAGGUUCCACGAAAGAGCAAUUAAAAAGCGUUGUGGUAGUGGCAGAAUUCUCUACAGUGAAACUAAAGUGUGCCUGAUGUGCAGGGAAAACCAAGUCUUGCAAUCCAUGGUUUUUCCACACUUCUUUAAUUUAUGUUCUGAGCAAACAAGAAACGUGAUGCCAUGUUGUGAUCAAUCUGGCUACUGCAAAACCGACAGGUUCCCGAACACUGGAUUUCAUCAAAGUCAUUGAAUAGAAAAUUCAAGUCAAAAUGUGAAAUCAUUCAGCCCCUUAUCUACCCAGUAAAUUAUAAAAAGAAAGCAUAAAACUGAAUUUUUUUUAAUUUUUUUUUUUAAAUUCAUAAAGGUACAUUACUUUAUGCCAUAUUUUGUAAAAGCGUAUCCAGCACUUGCUUUAUCUUAGACUACGAGUGCCUGCAUGGGGUGCACCACAGAGCUCAAGUUCCUGGGGCAGAAGUGAAUUGGAAGGCAAGUCAGCAACAAAGGAUGUAACAACGGCUUGCAUUAAGGAGGUUUGUGGAAAUGCGUUUGCCAGUGGUGUGUAUGACAAAAUAUGAGCUGUUACAAUGAACUUAAUAACUUAAUAAGACUGAUUUUGUGCUUUAUACUGCAUGGAAACUAUUUUAAGAAGAAACUAGCAAUUUAUCACAUCAUAUCAGGAAAAAAACCCUAACACAAUGACUUCUGUUUAUUUUUAUAGGUUCAUUAUAUUAUGUUUCUUAGAGUGUAAACAGGAACCAAGCAAACUAAAAUGCUAUUUCUGUUCUGUCACUUUCCAUGCUUGAACAGACAUUCAGCUAGUGUUUAUUCUUUAAGCACUCUCAAGGGGAAAAAAUGCCUUUUAUUUUUAUAAGAGUAAAAAAACUCCCGAAAAUAUUUUGCACUGAAUGUACCAAAGUUGAAGGGACAUUACGAUCUGACUGAUAGCAAACUGCAUCACUAUCAAGUAUCUAUAAAAACGCUUAGGAACCAGGCUUUCUUCACAGUGCCAUGUCUAUAGAUAUCAGGACUGUGCACUUAAGUAAUAAUUUUAUAAUACUGUAUGUGAUCUUGUAAUAUGCAUUUAUUUUAAAUGCAUCCGGGUCAUUUUUCAUGCAUUGGAUAACUUAAUGCAGUGGAGUUUAAUACAGAUAUUUCAUAUUCUCCCCACAAAUUUUUAUUUGUACAGCACCAUAAAACACUAGCUCAUUUGGAAAACCAUGAGUAACCUACUUUAAGGUGAGCCACUGGUCAUAAUGCCACUGUCCUGUUAUCAGUGAACACCUACAAGAUGUAAACUGUUCGUAGUGUCCGAGCUUGCAUUUUCACUGAUAAAUAGUUUUCUUAUCAAAUGUUAUUUGAAACAGUUUUUAUGGCAUAUCAAACACUGCAUGGACACCGAUUUCUUUAUGCUUAAUUUUGCUGAAAUACACGAGGCUUGCUCGCAUCUAUUUUCGGUACUUUCCUCCAGAUGGUCUUGUGGAACACUCGUGCAGCUGUGCGCCCUGUCUUGUACAGCUGCUGUCACGCAGCGCAUCCCCACCACAUUUUAAAAUUCCAGAAGCUGCACUUGGAUUCUGGAUGACAAGAACACGAACCUGGCUUUGUGCUGGCCCUUUUGGUAGCACCGAAGCACAGCAAGCCCCGUCCUGUGGGAAAAGUGGCUUUUGAAGUAACGUUCUCACUUCGGAGACUCUUGAAAGGGCAUCUCAGGGAGGUAUCCUGCUUUGUUCUUGUGGGAGGUUCUUUCCAACAGAUGGGAACAUCUAUGGAGAUGUCGUCAGCAGGGACUGCCAGUCCACCCUCCAAGUCAGAAGGCAGGUGCAGCUGUGGUGGUGGCAGCAGAGACGAGAAAACCCUUCAGAAUUAAUGAAAAUAUGUUGCGCGUGCAAAGGAAAAGCAAAAUCAGAGUGAAAGCAUUCUUUUAUUUCAAGAAUAAUUGAGCUUCUGCAUGACAUCUGGGACUCUCUUAAGUAACAUAGCUUUUCUUACGCUACUUCUGGCUGAUGUGAAGUAGCAAAGAAAAAUCCAAACAUGUCACCCUAUUUCUACACAUAUAUUUAUCAGUCUUCACUAAGAUUGCAUGUCACAGAUCCUAAUGCACAUCUUCUUUCAGAACAUGAAUGAGCAGUAGGCAAACUGACUUUUCAUCAGGUCACUCCAGCAUGGCUCAUGUUUCAUAUGAUCCAUUCACUGAGUAGCUAAAACUCUGGCACUCGAAGCAGAAUGAUUGAAGGACUACAGAAUUUUCAUUUUACAAUACUGUGUUAUCUGUGGUCUAAAAAAGAGAUUUCCCAGGUGGAAACUGUAUCUACAAGUUUUGAACCAGAUACUCUUUGGAAUGAAAAGUUUAAAUACUUGGCACAAAGUAAGUUUAUACUAGUUUGCCUUUUAAGUUAUGCUUUUGUACAAAACUAAAACAAUAAAUGCAUCUUGUCGAUUUUUAUUUAAAUAUAUCUACUGCACCCAUUUGUUCUGUAUUUAUGCAUGAAAAAAUAAUUUAAAUUAGCCAUGAUGAUCUGGUAUUCUGUAAAGAUGUGACGGGGUCACCAGUGGGGCAGCUGUCGGAAAACAGAUAAAUUUAAAAAAAUCCAGAAUCUUUGUAGCACUGAACCCAAGAGAGACUAAGGAGAAGCUGCUGCUUCUUCCUCUGCUGCCAGCAUCACCUGGGGUACUCCAGAAAAAAGCUGUUUGAAAGUUGAGGUGUUAGUUGCCUGGAUACAGCUGCCUGUGGUGCCUUGAGCCCUUGGCUGGCUCUCUGUGAUGGUAUAAGUGAUGUUGGUGCCCUGAAGAGAUUAGCAAGGAGGGAGUAUAGGAAAGGAAGCCUGAGCUUUGUCGAACACCCACAUCUCCUGGCAACUACUUGAAAUUUUCUCUCUUUGGUGUUGGAAGCCAUCUCCUGUUUAAAUGUGUCCCAAGUGAAAGCCAACUUGAAUGUCCUGCAGCUGACUGCAACAGCUGACCAUGAUGCUUUCACUUAUGACAUGCUGUGUGGCAGGAACAAGAGUCCAGAUAGAGGAGGACUUGAGAAUCCUAUCUGGAAGCUCUGCAUCUCCUCAGAGCCUUUCCAGAUGGUGCAAAGGAGCUUUUAAUUUAGGAAGAAAAAAAGCCAGUCAACCUGAAGUAGACUCUUCAGCUAGAGUGAUGACAGCUCGUCCUAACUUAACCUGCAGCAUCUCCAUCAGACAGAGUCUGGCGGGGGAGGUCCCUGCAAGAAUUUAAGUGAGGUGCCCAUGUUUCCUGCUCUGCUGGCAGGUGGAGCCACUCAUCACCAACUAAAAGGCAGCUCGCAGGUCAGUGCAGCUCUCCCAGCCAGGCUCUCAGCAGAGUGGCCUCUGUCCCUGGAACCCUAAGGUCAGAUCCACCUCUUUCCUGGUCCCACAUCCCAGCUUAGCAGAGGUGCACUUUGCUCACCUGGUACUGCUAGCAGUCACUUUAACCAUUGCACUCUUAAAUACACCAGAAAAGGUGUAUUCACCUUUCACUUGUAAUCAGUGAAAUUGCUCAGUGUGGCACCUCCUGUAACAAGCAGUCACCCGUUCAAGGUCUGCAAGCCAGACAAGGACAGUGGUGCUUUCUCCCGCAGCAGGCAGGAGACAGUUGCUGUCACACCAUCAGCAGCACCUGGCAGGGUAAGAUGGGAAAGCCUUUCAACCCAGACUCUGUUCCCCACGCCCUGCCUGCUGUUUUACCUUCAUAUCCACCAGAUAAUUGCCUUUUUGCUUUCAAACAUAUUGUUUAUUAUCCUUGUGCUGAACUUACCAUAAAAAUUGUUAAUAUGGCUUAGAGAGUAACUGGGGUGAAAUCUGUGUGUGCACACCGGCCUGCUGGGCACCACAUGAACUCCACUUUGCAGCAGCUGACCCUAGGUCACACAGGGUACAGGGAAUAUAUGUAAUCUUUGGGGAAACUGAAAAUCUAGGCAGCAGCAUGCUGGCAGGACAUCAGACAAAGCUUCUGACGUGAGUUAAACUGGCAAAGCACCAGACUGGUAGUUUGCUCUGUUUAAAAUUAUAGGAAAGAGAAGAGUUUUGUGGUUGCUUGUCUAUUUUUAAUCCUUUAAAAAAAGGAGGAAAAAAAAAGGGGGGGGGGAAUUCUUUCUGAAGCAUUCACAAGGUAUCAUCUGGUUUUUAAAUGUAAUCUCAGCAGUAUUAAUUGCAGAUGUUUACUGACUUUCUUCAGUGGUAGCUGCAGAAUUUUGUGGAGAUACUUGAAGCACACUGUCUCUGGACUGAGGGAAUUCCUAUUCACAAAAGGGGAAUCUGCAGCAGCUGUGUUUGAAUAGCCAGUGUAAGUUCAAUUCCCAAAGCAUAAAGCAAGUUACUUCUUUUCAGCAAAUGAAAUUUAUCUGCAUUAAAUUAUACAGCAGUUUUGUUUUUCCUGCCACUGUUUUUAUGUGGAGGGUUAAUUUAUUCCUGUUUUUAGUAAGAGGAACUGAGCAGACAUUUGGUCUUCAGUCAUAAGACUGCAGACAUAGCUUUGUGAUAAUACUCAGCCAUCACUGCUCUUUCCCCUUCUCAUCCUUUCCUCUCUGGGCAAGCAAAUUGAACUCCAAGCAAAAUUUGAGAAGAAUUACUCAAACCUGGCUUCUUAAACUGUUUGCAUUUUGGCUCAGUUAUGUGGUACGAAACAGAACUGCAGAAAUGUUAUGGGUUGACUCACUCAUCAACGGCAAGUAAAAAAUUCUUUGUAGUUUUGUUAGCACAACCAGAGUGGCUGCUCUUGGACUAGUCUGAUUUUUUGCCUAAAUAUUUUACAAUACAAGAGAAUGUAGGAGGUUGGAUUUGAAAUUACUUGUUUGCUGGAGGAUAAACAUAUGUUAGGUAAAUAGAGGAGGAAAAGAACUUUAUUGUAAAGCCACUACAAUCCAUUUUUGUUAGCAGUGUGCAAAAUUAUAAAGCUGACCAUCCAAACACAGAAUUUUCACAAGGAAAGAUGGUUUAUAUUUUGCACCUCUUUCAAAUAGGCAGUAAGCUUCAUAGUCCUUCUGUUCAAUUUUAGAUUGACUAAUUUUGGCACUAGACUACUACUAUUUAGGAUGUUCAAAGCUAUGAAGUUUUUUUAUUUAAACACUUCUGGUAUUUUCAAAAGUAAUUUUAUGGAAAGAAAGGUAUUUUUCAGGUUGAAACUUCUUUUAGGGCUUUACUUCAUCGGCUUUGCUCAGAACCAUGUUAUGCCAUAGGUAUUUUAAGGCAAAACCAUUAUUUGGGAGUUCUGUUUUGUAUAACUGACAUGAAGACUUUUUCUCCACUUCUUAGGAAGGCUCCUCCUGACUGUAAGUAAAAGGAUGACAGUCAAAGACUCCUCUGGAAUGGUUACAAUCCAUUGAGUGUCUGUAUGUAUUCAAAGUGCAUCUAAAAAACCCUCCUAAGGAGUACAUGAAAUAAUUACUACACUCAUUAAUUAGCCCCCCUUCUAAAUCAAAAUUUCAAAUUUUGAGCUUGUUUCCUUUCAGAUUACAUUGCAGAAUAAUUAUAAUAAUAAAAUUUAUAUUAUAAUAAUAACAUUUUAACUAGAGAGGUAUUCUAACAAAUUUCUUAAAGUUAUGGUGAAUGCAAAAGGCAGCUAAGCUAUGCUGCUCCCCUUCCUCCUGUUAAAAAACUUUUGAAUAAUGAAACUCAUCUUUCCUUUUUCAGUUGUUUCUUUUUUUAGAACUUUCAGAAGAAGCUUCUCAUUCAACCCCUUCUAGAAUAAGCCUUGUCUUCUUAGAGGGCUUUUGUUAAGCACUCAGGAGGUAUAUUGUUCAACUAAUUUAACAUACUUUUGUGCUGACAUCAGUGUAAUUAGCUUUUAAAUGUAUAGACCUACAGAACUCCACAGGACUCUGGUCUCCUUUAUUCUGGGCUGCCUUCCAAAGGCCAUCCUUCCUCUCCCUUUUGAUUGCCCAUAAUCCUACAAACACCCAGAGACAAUUGCUGACCACCUACGCUGACCAAAGCUGUAGUAUCAGAAUAAGACUGUGGGUUUGUUUAUUUUUCAAAGCAGCUUCCUUCAGUCCGGAGUUGAUAGGAUCACCGUUACUCUGACACCCAGAUCAAGCGGUUACAGAAAAUUACUCAUAAAAGAUUUUUGGAAAACAGUUGAAUAGGUAUCCAAGGGUAAAAUGUCCCUUGAUUUUGGUUUUGCAAAAUUAACGAGGAAGGAGAUUUUUCUUUUAAUAUUUUAUGUUGGCAGAAUCUGUGAUGCCCUUGGGCUGCUUCAGGCUGUUGGCUAGGUGGGUGCAUAGCCCGUGCAGUGAGGCAGGUGAGUGCUGAUCCAGAAAUCACAGCAGCAGAGAUUUAUUACCUUAGUGAGGACUGCACCUUCCACAGCUGAACACUUUGUCAUACAGCCCUUGAAUGAGAUUGUUCCAAAAGCUUGUUCCAAUCAGCGAUGCUUGCUAAUUGCAAUACAAGCAGCUCACAACAUGCUCCGCUGCCUAUUCAACAUCUUUCAUUUUAAGUGAGAAUUACAAUUUUUAUAAUUAGAAAUACUCAUCUAGCAGUAUAAGGUCAAUAAAAGAAGAUUUUGCUGAGACAUCAUAUUUGAUUGCUGUGCUGACUGCAGCCAGACAUUGGAGCUGAGUAAUUUUCAAGUAGAUUACUGUAUGAAUAAGCAAAUAAAUCUCUGAAGCCUCAUAAGUAAUUCUGAGGAAGGAAUGUAAUUGCAGGUCUUGUAAUGAUAAGAUAGGGCAGUUCCAUGCAGCACACAGAGCAUACAAGAUGCAGCCAUGGAACCAGUGGUAGAGUGAAGAUAAGUCUGGAGGAGUAGGGACAGAAAUAGGACUGCACUUUGCAAAUAGGGAGCUGGACAGCGAGCUGUGAAUGAUCACUGGGCAUACAAAAGGGGAUACUUUUGUUUGAAAAUAAGGAUAUGAUAGUGCACUUACAGAAAAAUUACUACUCAUCCUGAAAUACAUGAGUGUUACUGCAAUUGCAAGAUGUGCUUUACCUAAUGAUUAGGUUUUGAAAAUCGAAAUUACACAAUCAAAAAAAUUACUUCUAAUUGCAUUUUUUCUUGCUGUAUUGGGUCUGGGUUUUUUUUUUUAAUUUGGGUUAUUUUCAGGAAAA